AAUCAUGACAUCAGAAAGGGGAGGAGUCGCGUUUGCCGGAGAGAUUAAAACUGAGCCCGACAGCUGCAAAAGUCAAGAGGAACUGAAAGCGGGAAGAUGAGGAUGUGAAGUUUUCACGCCAUUGUUCGAGUUCAGAGGAUAUCACCAUCUUCCCCCAAGCUCAGACUGAAAGAUUGCUGGGUAGCACUAUGGAGUACAUUCUUUUUUGUCAGGUAUGCUCUUCAAGGUUUCCAAAAGUAAAUCAGUUCAAGAAACAUUUGUUUUCCUCUAAACAUAAAAAGGAAGUCUACCCUGCAUUGCUUUUGUGGAUCCAAAUCUUAAAUACAAAAUAAACAAACCAGUUGUGGGCCUAUCCAUGCUAACUCUGUGUUUCAGUACAUUGGGUGGAAACUCUUUUUACCUGUGUCAUGUCUGUGAGAAAGUCUGUUUACUUCCUAAAAUUUUGGAUCACAUUUUUUCUGAAGAACAUUACAGUAACUUUUUGAGUAACACAAACCCAGAUGAACUGAAUUUUUCCUGGAUCCCAAACAUGGAUAUGGAAGAGUUUCUUUUUCCAAAGUUUAAACCCAAUGAGGGUACUACGCCAGUGCUGCAGAUUUUGGAACUACCCAAACAACUUUUUGAGAGACUCUUAUAUAAACCAUAUUCUGAAGUAAUGAACACUCUAAAAGAGAACGCGAAGCUUUACAAGAAGCUAAAAGAUUUCCAGCCAAAAAGGACAGAUAUUUACACGUACCAAAGUGACAGCAACAGGAAGCAUCCACUUCUCGGCAUGCAGCACAUUGUUGAAUGUAUUGCUGCUGGCCCAGUUGAGAAGAAACGUUACCUCUGCACCCUCUGCACUCAGACAGUAGCUGCUCAUGGGAUCAUCAAACACAUCCUGAGCUUCGACCACAUUUAUUGCUUUAUUAACAAAUGUCACCCACAUACAUUGAAGUCCAAAAAUUCUUAUACGGACUACAAGGCCACUGCCUCUGUGAUGCUUGAUUUUGCAAGACAAAUGGAGAGAAUCCACGGGACAACAAGUACUAUGACACAAGUGCUACUUCAGCCGGACAAAUUAAAGUCUGCGAAUUUCUCAGAUUAUUGUGAAGCCCUGAAGAGUCUGACAUCCAUGAAGACGGACAGCUUUUCAGUGAGCGUUGCACCAGGGCAGGAGUCAGAGAGCCGUGCUCCCCCUGCCCCACCUCCAUCUUUAAGCCAUGUCAAAUGCACACUUCUUUGCCAGAACUGCAGUGAUGUUUUUCCCAUAAAACAUUUUCUUGGCCACCUGUCAAAUGGGAAGCAUUUCAAGAUCAUGAAUAAAUAUUUUAGUGAAGCUCAAAGAGGAUUUGUUUUUGGCCAAAAAGUGAAAGUGUACCUGGCCUUGUUUACCUAUGUCUGUGAUCGCUUGAGGCUAAAUCAGCCAACUGUCGGAACAUCUUUGGUGGUGACCUGCAUCUCCUCACAGAUGGAGGCAGAACCGUUUUCUUUGUGCUUCGCUUGUCAGGAGUCGUUCCUUCAAUCCCAUCUAAGCAUCCACUUUGAAUCCAGAAGUCAUCUCAUCAACACUCUGAUGUACCUGAAUCCUUGGCGGCUGCCUUUUGGCUGUCAGCAGGACCUGGACGAGAACACACUGAGAUUGGUGGCAAGAGAGGAGGAGGAGGAAGGAGGAGGCACAGAUGUCAUUUUGAAGGUGCUUGAUUUGCCAUAUGAAAUGUUUUGGAAGCUCACAUCUAGAGACUACAAACACGUGAUGUACAAACUUCAAGUGUACCAAUCUCUAUUAAAGCGGGGAGUUCCUAAAAAGCAAACCCUCUGCAAACUCCAGCAAAAUGAGAAAUUUCCUCUGCUUGGCAUGCAGUUCUUGGUGGUCUACACUCCCAGGUCCAGUGACUUGGAGUCUGUUCAAAAAGGCCAUCUGUGUUUGCUCUGUCAAAGGAAGCUGAUGCCGGAGGAAGCUCCAGUUCACGUGUUCAGCAGGGAACAUGUCGUUGCUUUUCUGAAUGCUUUCCACCCUGGCUCACUGAACUCCAGCACUGUUGAUGCAGAAACUUUGUUGGACUUGGCAAAACAGGCGGGCUCUCUUCAUCCCCUAUCCAGUGUGCAGGAAUUUUGCUUGGACAAACCCAUCAUUGAGCCAUGUUCCUAUCAGAUAGUUACAAGGAUCCUGGGUGCUGCAAAGAGGAGGGAAGGUAAAGGAAGUCUCGAACCAGUGAUCAGUGCCAAGAUGAAGCUGGUCCCCAGGAACACUGGAAAAGUAUUGGACCAGAGCAUCAGGAGAAACGAGGACACUGUCAAGCCUGGCGCUGUACAGAUCAAGGAGGAAAAAGCUGAAAGCCAUGAAAAACAACUGGAAACCGAUCCACAGAUGUCCCUCAGAAUGUGUCCGAAUGCAGAGAAUGCAGAGAACCAGAUAGUGAAGGUAAAAACAGAAGUGCUUUCCACUGAAGAGUCAAGUAAGGAGAGUGGAAGAAGGGACAAGAGCUCGAAUGGAAAAGACAGAGCCCAGACCGACGCAAGAGCGAUCCAAAAGAACAAACAGCCAAGUGAGACUGAAGAGAAAAAAAGAAAAAGUUCAUUUUGUGAACCAUCACAAGCAGAAAAACAUGAGGAUUCACAAAGAGGAACUAGCUCUAAAAGACCAAGACUGGCCUCAAACAUUGAUGAUGAGGUGUCCACAGUUAUGCCUGAAUGUGAAAUCAAAAAGGAGAAAACCAUAGAGGGGGAUAUUAAUAAAGUGUCAAGCAAACUUCUAGAGUGCCGUUGUGGUACACACAAACCCAUCUACCUGUGCGGGCGCUGCAUGCUCAGGAUUUCAGGAAAAGACAUCCUCAGCCACAUGACUGGAUUUGACCACCAGGAGAUGGUCCAUGAGGUUUUUUAUACAGAUGAAAAGAUGUUUGUUGACAUCUCCAAACAAAGCUUUCAGUCAGCAUUUGACACGUUGCUCUGGCUUGGUUUCGACUUGUCCGGCCAGAGUAAGCCACCCAUAACUUCAGAUCCACUUUGUGCUGAAGGCUCUCCUCAUCCUCAGACCAUGACACAAAAUAAUGAUGCCAUGGAUAUUGACAGUGAAGACAACUGUGAUGCAGCUAUAGACUUGUUUAUUGGGGCAGAAACUUUCUCCAGAACUAUUGGAGCCCAAAUGGAAUGUGGUGAAGAAACAUCAGAUGUAAACACCCACCUAUGUGACGCAAGCACAGUUCUGUUUACAGGAAGUGACAGCCCAACCACUGUUUCUCAAAGCACAAGUACUGAACCUGACCGGACCACAUCUAAUCAGAAAAUGACGCCAACCAAAUUAUCAGCAGGUCCUUCUGCAGCAGCCAGCUCCAAACCAAUGUCCAAAUCUGUGACUGAACUUAGACUCUUGGAAAGAACUGAGUCUGCAUCCAAGGACGGAGCAGUUCCAGCGAAAGCUGCUCUCUCUUCUCAUGCAGAGGGGGUGAAGUUGCAUGCAAAAAUUCACUCUUCUUCCACAAGAACAGUUAAAAAUCAAAUCAACGUCCCAGCUAAAAUGCCAACCAAGUCAAAUAAACCUGGGAACACUGACCCUUGUGCUAGGACUGCACACAGGACAAGAUCAGUUGAAGCUAAUGCAGACAAUGUACCACAUGCUGAUGAGAGGAGCCAACAUCCAGCUGGUCACCCAAAGCCAAGCUUAUCUACCAGAUGUAGACAUAAAAGCCUUCACAAAGAGCCAUUGCAUUUGUCUGCAAGUAAGACCAGUCCAAGUGGGAAUCAAGAAAAAGUUGGCACAAAUCACCUGAUUGUUGUGUCAUGGGAUGGAAAGCAGCAGGUCUACUGUAUGCUCUGUUCGGUAAAACUGCACUUGUCCAGUUCCCUCCAUCUGGUCAGCACAAACCACCAGUACAACUAUGUGAAAAGACAGUACCCUGAAUGGACGGCGAAGCCCUCUGAGUUGGAGAGUAAACUGAAUCACACAGUGGCUCUCUUGGCUAAGAUUGAGAGGGACUUACCGCAUUCUCGAAGUGUUCAGAAGCUGAAAGUAACUAAGGACGUAUACCAAGAUCUCGGUUGUCUUCUGGAUGAUGAAGCUGUGCAGAAGGUGAAAGCCAUGGUGAGAAAAAAAGACCCUGUAGACUCGGUGUCCUCCUCAGUCCACUAUGCAGAUGAAGUUCCAGAUCCCUGUGAAGUUUCAAGCUCUGAUGACGUUCAAGCCCCACAGACUGGGACAACAGGAACUUCUGAUCAUGACGUCAGCAGUGAAAGUGGGCAUCAGUCAGAAGAUCACCAGAUAGGAGGAAAAACUGUUUUCAGAAAAAUAGAGCCCAACCAGACAGCAGGUAAAUUCAUCAGACGGCAGAGUUCAGAUGAGCUUCCUUCAAAUGUGGCUUUAAAUCAGAGCAAUCCAGAGCCCAUUCAAUCACCUGUUCUUCAAGUUGAAGAUGUAUCAGAUCUGUUUUUUGAAAGGCCGAAUACAAACCUACAGGAAACACAGAAAUUAUCAAGGGAUCAAGUUUUCUCGCCAAAGCUGCAGCCUGUCACAGAACAGAGGAAGCUGGAACAAGGACACCCAGUAGCAACUGCAGGGCAGGAAGCUUUGCCCAAAAGGGUUUUUAUUGGAGGAAAAGCACGUGCCUCCAAUAACCUGUCACUUUAUUUGAAAGCGAAGUUGCCUAGCUCAACUGCAGUCAUCGGCAAAAGCUGCAUAUGGGAGUGUCAGGGGAUCAACAUCGACCAGAAGACCUUCUUCCUGUGCGAUUGCUGUGAGGAGAAAGUCUUCCUCCCGAACAUCUGCCAACACAUGAUCAGCUCUCAUCACCAGCUCAAAUACUUGGAGAGGGACUACCCCGAGUAUCUUCAGAAGUUCUGGUAUGAUGAGGAGCUGCUCCUUGAAAUGAAGCUGGAUAUUUUAAACACGGUCGUUCUGAAGCUCUCAAAUCAGGAGCACGAGCAAACGGUGGCUGCACAGUGUGUGUGUCUGAGUCCGGAGCUGCAUGGAUUCAUUUUGAGCGCUUCAUUCAGUGAAGCCUUGAAAAUAAUACAAAGCAUCAAAGAUGAGGAUAAUCGAGGAGCCAUCCAGCUUCCCAUCAGUGUUCCUGAGCAGGAAAAAGCUGCACUAGAAACUAAACCCUCCUGUUUUGAAGGGGCAAAAAUGUCUAAAGAUCCAAAAGCAAUUGAAGACGGAGGGUUCUCCAGUCUGUCCUCUUCUGCUCCAGAUGUGUUCCAGACCCCUGGACCAAAGGAUGCCUGUGAUCUGGAAGCUUCUACUAAGGUUGGAAGGAUGGAGUUAGACUGUUCCUCCUCAAACCUGGAUCCCGUCCUCCCCGAUGCUGGCUCACCUCACACCCCUCAGAGUCUCUACGGUGGAUCACACCCUGAUGAAUCGACACCAGCCGGGUUCCAUUCCCUCGAUGUCAACGAGGAGGAAGAAUCUUUGAAAUCUUCUCCUGUUACUCCUACAGUCAGUCGGAGCCUAAACGUGCCUGUAGGAGAUGAAAGCUCUUCAAGCAGAAAAAGGCCAGCUGAUACAUCUGGGGAAACAUUGUUCACAAUUAGCAGCCAGAAAGAAGACCCUGUACAAGCUGAAGAUGAACUGAACUUGCUGAAGGCAAAGGCCGAGGCCUCCUCGCCACCUUCCUACGAAUCUAUCUUGCCUCAUCCUGCUCCAGGAUUCACUCUAGAUUCUCCAACAGAUGAAAAUCUCAGUGCUGUCCCCAAACUCAUAGUUCUCGAGAAGCUAAUAUCUGUACUUAAAAAAAGCAUUUCUAUAACGGUGAAAGAGGGGCAAUCUGUCACCGUACCAGACUCAGAACUAGAGCAAAAACAAGUUGAUAAUUCACUGGACAGGUUAGAAAAAGAUCCUACUGAUGACUUGGAGUGCAGCAACCAACCUGGUGCUAGUGAUGGAAACUCUUCAUCAGUCGCUGACAUGCCUACUCUACCUGUACAAGACGAGAGCAGCAUGAGCCAGAACCCCUCAGAUUCCACCACUAGUGACCUUAAGAUUCCAGAGUCAUCUGGUACUCCAGAGAUCAGAAGCACUGCGGUCUGUCAGUCGCCAAUCAAGACCAUCAUCUCAGCGCGGCAAAAGCCUGCUUUUCCCUCGUAUCAGACAGAGUACCAAGGUGAAGCCAGCAGAGGCCUUCAAAGCAGCAUCCACACAGAUGAUGCCGUGGCAGCUGCUCAGAGCUCCACAUCCCAAAGCCAAAUGACUGACGUCCCAGAUGAACCUUCAGACGCUCUCCAGUAUGCUGCAAACCAUGCAGCAGCAAAUAGCCUGCAGAAAACGACUGAAAGCCUAUCUCAGACGAGUUCUCACACCAACCAAGCGGGUACAGCCGAGAUGGGGAACUACCUGUUCCUUUUGUCCACGGGGCAGAGUUACUCUAGUGUAGCCAUUUCGGAAGGUGGCGUUCAGGGGCAACUGCAGCAUCAACGUCAGCAAGUCCACCUGCAGCAACAAGUCCGCCUGCAGCAGCACCGAUUACAGGAAGUGCAGGUGCCUCUGCAACAGCAGCUUCAUCAAUAUGGACGGAUGACUCGGCAGGACACUAUGCAGCAAUAUCGGCAACAGAUGUUUCAGCAGCAGCAGGCACCUCAGCAACAGAUGUUUCAGCAGCAGUGGUCUCGGCAGCAGAUGUUUCAGCAGCAGUGGUCUCGGCAGCAGAUGUUUCAGCAGCAGUGGUCUCGGCAGCAGAUGUUUCAGCAAUAUCGGCAGCAGCAGCAACAACAAGUACAGCAGCAUUUGUUUCAGCAGCAGCAAAACUACAAUUUAUGGACUGGUUCAUGGCAGAGUUGAGUUUUAAGUGAAUGUGUUCAUCUGUCCUAUUUUCUACAGUUGGGCUAAUGUUUUUUAUACCUUUUUUAUGAAGAUGCUACAAAACCCCUCUUUAUGUUCAAUUAAAGAAAAUGUUUUCAUUUAGUUUUAAAUGCUCCAUGUUGUUCAUUUCUGUGUUCCAAGCAUCUCAAUAGUGUUGCUUAGAGGGAUACAUUGUUUGAAAUUAAAUAUAUUUUUGUAUUCCUGUUAUAACUUAACAUGUUUAUUCAACUUCUUGUGAAGCAUUAAUUAUUUGCUUGUUUUUGCCAUUUGUUUGUGUUUUUACUUUUAGCAGAAUUCUUGAUAAAAGAUUAAAUGCACUUAAAUUCAGUUUGCUUUAUGUAAAAACCCCAGAAGUUGAUGCCUUCUUUCCCCCAAAAAAUGUUUCUUUGCUUUUUACAUUAGUAUUUGGAGAUUCCUUUCCAAAAAAGGAAAGAAAAUAUGCAGGAAAUUUCUAAAGACUGAAAAUGCAGAAAAAUAAUUUCAUUAAAUAUGGUUCAUUCUUUUGACAGGAAGACCAAUUCUCCACACUUUCACCGUCAAGUAAAUUCACCUAGACAACAAAGAAACACGCAAAAACCACAAGCAAACUUUCAAUUUUUGUCCACAACAGGAAGAAAUACUGCAUUCCACCACUUUUUCUCCAAGGAUGACUUCUCCCUUAAGAAUACAAGUGGGAGUUUACGACAUACACAUAGAGAAACGAGGUUAAAAGUUCAUUAGAGAUGUUGUGUAAUAAAUCUUUUGGGAGGGUUUUCAUUCCCAACAUCACA